GCCGUCUCCAAGCGUUAUUGGUCUCCAAGUGGGUUCCUCGUCAUCGAAUCGUCGAUAUCAGUGUAGGCCUAGGAUACGAGUAAUGGAGGAAGCUUCCAUCUGUCCAAUCUGUCUGCUAGAAAUGCUGAAGGAAGAAAGUGUUGUUUCCUGUGACAAGGGCUGUCAUAAUAAAUUACAUGAACACUGCAUAGCUAUAUGGGCUGCUGAAUGUCAACGUCAGAAUGAACCCAUCUUGUGUCCAUUAUGUCGAAGUGAAUGGGUAUUUUCGUCAGACAGUUCACAAUCAGAAAAAUCAUCAUCCUUUACCAUGGACAAAAACACUGAGUUGAGAGUUAUACAAAGCAGACAAUCAAAUGAAGAAGAAAAUGCCAAACUUUUAUCAAACCUUUCAUCCCAACAUUCUUAUAACCAAGGAUUUGAAGACACAUAUAAUAUAGAAUCCCAACACUCAUCCUAUCGUUCAUCUCAAUAUUCACCUCAACCAUCAUCUCAAGACACACUUAAUGUAACAUGUCGACAUCGUCCUUCAACCAGUCAUUUAACCAACCCAUCAAUCCAACAUUUACAUAAUACAACAUCACAACAGUCAACCUAUUUGUUACCUGAGUAUACACCCAUUUUAUUGUCUCAUCACUCAAGCAAUUUAUCUCAACAAUUACUUAAUACAAGUUCCCACCAUUCAUUCCAUCCAUCAUGUCAGUAUUCACCCAAUCCACCACCUCAUCACUCAUCAAAUUCAGUAUUCCAACAUACAUCCAAUGUAUCAUCAAAAUGUUCACCCAGCCCACUUUUUGAAAACUAUCACAACUCAUCACCCCACUACUCUUUCAGCCCACCAUCUAACCCAUCAUUUCAACACCAUCCUAAUGCAGUAUCUCGUUCAUUGUCUGUUGUGCCAACUUACCUCACAAACUCUGUUCUUCUUCCUAGAACCAAGUCCUUAACUCCUACAAAGUUAAAACAAGCUCAACCUUGGAUAAAGGUUUUUGGACAGGAGCUUGUUUGUUGCCUGAUGUCUGACAGCUGGACAGUUCGGGAAACAGCUUUACGUAGAUUGACUCAAGAAGUUAAGUCCAACUUGGCAUUAAGCCAAGAAAACCCUGACCCAGGUGGAACUUUUCUGGGAGAAAAUUCUGAGGGCCACAGUUGCUGGUCUGAAAUAACAGUGAAGACAUGCUGUAACAUUCUAACCAGUAUGAUGUCUGACCCUGUGUACAAGGUGUAUGUGGUCUGUCUGCGAUGUCUGCGAGCUGUUUUGGCCUACAGUGAAUGUAAAAGCGAGAAAACAAUAAGAUGGCUUCAAAACAUGGUGGAACCUGUUGUAAAGGCAGUACUGCUAAAAUGUGCCGACAGUAACCGGAAAACAAGGCAGCUUAGCAUAGCAACCAUUAUGGAAUUAGGAAGAGGACAAGCAGGAGCUUUGGCAGUGAGCACUCAUGCUCACAUUUCAGAUCACAAAAGUCUAGGAGGAGUUCCUUUUGUUUUGAAAUGUAUUCUUGAGACUUCACCAUCGUAUAGUGUUCCUAGGGCCUGGCAGUGGGCCUUAGGUAGGCUUCUUGUGAGUAAACGCUUAAUGGAUGAGUUUCCUCAGGAGUUCUUGCCACACUGUGAAGAACUGAAGAACCAAUUUGACAGAAAGUGCAACUUAACGAUGAAAAAUUGUGAACUUUUAAUCUCCACUUUGGAAUUUGCAGUGAAUGUGUUCCAUCACCCCCACAUUACAGUUGUCAGGGUAGCUGAACAAGUCUUCCUCACAGGUGCUCAGUUAUGUCUUCAAAUUUCCCCUAUUUUCUCUCAAGUGUGCCAGAUGCUUUCACGUGUGAGUCCAAAUCUUCAGCAACAUUUGCGCAAGAAAUUACGAGUUGUUGUUCUGAACACUAAUUUUGGGUGCAAGAGGGAAGUGUAUGGUACUGAUCUGAGUGCUUCUGUGUUAUCUACCACUUCUAAAACCUCCAGGAAACAGAAGAUGCUUUGGGGAAAGUGGAGUAGUUUACCUGAUUUAAACAUUAAGCAAGAAAGAACUUUAGUGACAGACAAGUUAGUUUUUGAAGAAGACCAGCACAUCACCUCCAAUGUUUCAUCUUUUCAGAAAAUAGUUAGAAGCGUGUCACACAAUCCUUUAAGAACUCGGAAAUCCUGUGAGAAUAUAUAUAGUUUUUCCCCCUUAUCUCGAUGUCAAUCCCUAUUUUCAGUUAAAGAUAGUACAAAGAGGUCAACACAUAAACUACCAAGACCUAGGUACUUACCAAUACCUAAUGCCACCAGUAACACUUUAGUUAGUGGAUCUGCAUUACACCACAUUAAAGGGGAUUUUAAGCUAAACUCAAAAUGUUUGACAACACCUGAAGCUUCUGAACCACCUACCCUGGUUCCUGUCACCUGUUCUUUUGUAUAUAGAGGAACUUGUGAAUGUGAACAAACAAUUAAAUUUACAGAGGCUUCUUAUGGCCAUUCUAAGAACAAGUCAACAACCUUCACCUCUCUCUCUAAAUCUCAUCAGAAUAUUCCUAGGGACUUGAUAGAUCUUUCUCCAACUUUAUUAUCAGCUAAUAUAACAGCAAGUUCUUAUACACCUGUAUCCUUUCAAUCUGAAGUCACUACACCAACUUCACCCAUGACUACACCAUCAAAGGUGGCUGAUUCUCCAGGCUUACCAGUGAGUAGUGGUGGGUUUUAUCUCAGUAAGCACAUACUAGAACUUGGUAAAGGAAUAGAAGCAAAGGGAUUUAUAUCUGAAUACAACAAAAAUAACCCAGUAGAUGAAGUAAUCAUUGAAUUUCACACAAAUGACAUCCAAAAACACACAGGAGUGUACACAGAAGAUUUACACUGGAAGAAAGGCCCAUUACUUGGAAGAGGAGCUUUUAGUUACUGCUACCAAGCACGUGACAUAAAAACAGGGGCACUAAUGGCUGUCAAACAAGUGCCCUUCUCUCGUAAGUUAGAACAAGAACAAGAGAAAGCUGUUGAGGAUAUUAACAAAGAAAUUUCUAUGAUGUCCAAACUUUGUCAUCCAAAUGUCCUCCGUAUCCUAGGAGCCACAUGUCAAGGGGCCUGUUACAAUGUUUUCAUUGAAUGGAUGGCAGGAGGAUCAGUAGCUUCACUUUUGGAACAUUAUGGACCAUUCUCUGAAGAUGUAAUUGUUAAGUACACCCAGCAGGUACUUGCUGGGCUAGCAUAUCUCCAUGACAACCAAAUUCUUCACAGAGAUUUGAAAGGUGCAAAUCUUCUAGUUGACAGUAAAGGUCAACACCUUAAGAUUGCAGAUUUUGGAGCAUCAGCUAGACUUGUAUCACAUGCCACAGUAGCUGGGGAGUUCCAGGGUCAACUACUGGGAACUGUAGCUUUCAUGGCACCAGAGGUGUUACGUGGCGAAAACUAUGGCCGUUCUUGUGAUGUCUGGAGUGUAGGAUGCGUUUUGAUUGAAAUGGCUACUACAAAACCUCCCUGGGAUGCCAGUAAUUUUUCUAACCACCUAGCAUUAAUUUUUAAGAUUGCUAGCUCUACUGAGCCACCUGUUAUUCCAACGUACCUCUCCGAUGUAACCCAAAAUUUGGCUCUUCGAUGUCUAGAAGUAAAGUCUGACAAGCGUGCUUCAGCCAAGGAACUCCUUAACCAUCUCUGUUUUAGCCAACAAGUAAAAACUUCCUAACAACAUAAUAACUCCUCUAUUCUUCAACAGAAAGUGUUAUUUCGUACAUAAAACCUUAGUGCCAAAAGGGCCAACUAUUUUUUAAAUGUCUCGUACACUGUUUACCAUAAAGUGUUUAUUUUUUUAAUUACAAUUAUCUUAAACUUUAUGUAAUGGGACCAUCAACUUAAGACGUUGAAUUAAUGAUGAUGUUAUAGGCUUAGUAGUGCAUAUAUUUUUGGACCAAAUCACUAUGGCUCUUGUGAAUUUAACCAUCUUUUCCACAUGCAUAUACUGGUCUUCCAAAGAAGCCUCCACUAUUCUUCCUCAAACUUCUAUCUUACUUCUAUAUCUGUUGUGUCAGUCUGUUAGCAGAAUACAACAAUUAGAUCUUUUGAGAAACAAGUUUAAAAAUUCAUAUUUUUUGAAACAUUACUUUAUUGAUAUUCAAAAGAGUUAAUACAUUACAUAGCAACUGUAUGUGACUAAAUCUACUUUACCAAAAUAUAUAUAUUUUAGUACACAGUUGAUGAAACUUCAUCCUUAUAUUUUAUACACAAGUUGUGUAAUUGUACCUAGUAUCUGUACAUGGUUAUGUUCUAGUAUUUUAAAUUCAUAACUGAACUCAGGGAACUGUGAUGAAGUUUACGGAUGAGCUCAUAUCCUUUUCAUAGUUUCAAUCAAACCAUUCUACCAUGUAACAUCUCAGGUUUUGAGAUGUUUAGUAAAAUGUUAACCAAGUUUCACUCUUUCACUGCAUUUCUGCCUUUAAAUUGUGACUACGGUAUAAUUAGCUACACUUUCUAUCAAUACAUUUGACACUAACUACCUGAAGCAAUUAAUAUUAAUAUUUAGCUAUCAAUAGAUAAUUUUGUGGAAAAGAUUAAUUUUAAUGAAAUGUAUUUUAAUCUUGGUUGCACUAAACUAUUAAAGUUUUAUUUUUAUUAGGUUUCAUACAAGCUUUAUGAUUUUUUUAAAAACACAUUGUGGUAAUAAUCGUACCAGAUUGAAGCAUAAAAGAAUAUUCAAAAGUACAAAAGUUAUACCCCAUAUAGGAGUACACGAAAAGUGAUGUGACAGAUCUUCUAUUCAUAUAUUAUCCACUGAAUAUAAAGCACAGAUUUAGACAGAAUGUGACUUUUGAAUAGCCAUGUCCAUCUACUUUUGAUUGGUAAACUAUGCAUUUGACUUAUUGCUUUUUUUUAUCCCUGCUUGACUCGUUUCAGUGAUCAGUAUUCAAAAUUUUUGAAUUUUUUUAAAUCUAGUAUUCAUAAUAUAUCAAAGUAUUUUUAUUACAUUAGUACUUUGAUUAAUAACUUGUACAGAAUCAUUCAUUAGUAUUUUAAUUAUCCUCUGCAAUAAAACUGUUACAAAUAUACAACUUAAAAUUCAUUGAAGAGGUUAUUAUAAAAGUGGAAUAUUUUCAAUAUAAAAUAACAAAAGAUUUUUUCUUUGAAGCAUGAGACUAAUGGCUAAGAUACAAAAACAAUUUUAUUAUGCAAAAAUAAUGUGAGAUUCAAGUCUAAUGUUGUACUAAAUAACUUGGUCAUAACAUUGAUUAUUUGUUCAAGUAAUCUUCCUAGUAAUAGAUAAUUAUACCUAAUUUUCUGUAGCUUCCAUGCAUAUUGCCAAGAUGUGCAUUUUCAUGUUUCUGAAUCAGCACGAGAAAACAUAUAAAAGUAUGUUUAGUUAAAGGUACAAUAUCAGUUUGAAAUAUUGUGUUCAUUAGCACAUCAUUGGUCAUAAUCUUUCUUUAUAUAUAUACUCAAAUGUAGGUUUGUCUCUUAUGUAUUUUUAACUUUAUAUAUAACCUUCCUUCCCCCUUUUAUAAUUUUAAAAUAGACCAUUUUUCUUUAACCUGAAAUUAAAGCAUUAAUUCUGACAUAUAAAACUUAUAAUUAUUUGCAGCCUGAAAAAUUUUAUUUAUCAUUUCAAAGUUCCUUUUUGUUUAAUUCACAUUAAUUAAGAAUCAAGUUUUUAAUGUACAUUUGCGACUGUUUUUUAAAUAAAAAUGUCAUCACUUUGUAUUGAACAAAAAUACCUGAAGAUUUAAGCAAAGAUCAGCUUUAAUUAGAAACAGUACAGAAGUAGUUAGACUAAUUGGGUAAAAUUAUUUAAUAUUCCAUCCAUGUGAACCUAAUAUAGAUAAACAUCUUUUAUCAUGCCAUAUUCAAUAUAAUAAUAAAUGCUAUUGUAUGGGUUUAAAAUAAUCAUCAUUAAUAGUAGUACUUUAAAAACAGAAUAGUAGAAAAAACAACUAAAUUUACAGUUUAUCUAAUGUAAUAAAAAGUGAAUGAAAAAUAAAAUUAUUGUAUGAAUGCUGCUAAUUCAAACAUAUAGUCCUAACUGAGGUCUUUUUUAGGUGUCAAAAUUUAGUUUGAUGUGUGCCAAAAACCCACGUGUAUGAAUUCAGAUAUCCACUGUCCACCAUUUUAAUUCAAAAAAAUACUGUUUGUUGUUUUUAUAACUUGAUUACAUUUUGUAUUUUUAUACUGUUUGAUUUGUUCAUUUUACAUUGCAGUGUUUUGUACUUUCAUGUUUAUAGCGUAAUAAUCAAAUUCCUGUACCUAAUAGCAACUGACUAAACUCUACUUUGUCAAAGUUGAUUAAAACAUUUCACUCUGAAGUAACUGCUCAAGACACUUCUGUAGCAAUUAGCAAAGUGAAAAUCUUAAGUGUUCAAGUAUUAAGUGAUGGAAUAAUUUCUGUUAUUAACACAGUCUCACAUUUCUUGUAAACUAUUUAUUUCUUCUCAGUAGUUUUUGCAUUAGUAAUUUUUCCUGCUGUGACAAAACUGUGUUGUUAACAAUUGAAAUCUUGUUUUAGUCAUGUAUCUGUUUAAACUGUCAAUAAAAUCAUGAAUAUCACAGUUUAA